GGAGGAAGUUAUAGCAGAAAAAUCGCAAUGGCGAUAUUUACAAUUUACAUCAUUAAUAAAGCUGGAAGUUUAAUUUUUCAUUAUGAUCAUCAAAAAACGCGGCCUGAAAUGGAAAAAACAUUUAGUUAUCCAUUAGAACUUAUACUUAAGGUAUUUGAUGACAGGAUUGUGGUUGCUUUUGGAGAACGUGAUGGAAUAAAAGUUGGUCACACAGUCCUGCAGAUUAAUGAUGUGCCAGCAGAGGGUCGUUUCUUGAAGGACAAACGUGACAUUCUUGAGGUAUUGGCAUCAGAAGAAAAUUACCCAUUGAGCAUCAAGUUCGGCAGACCCAAGCUAACAAGCAAUCAGCGCAUCAUGCUUGCAUCCAUGUUCCACUCCUUGUUUGCCUUUGGCAGCCAAUUGUCACCAGAAUCCCAUUCAUCUGGAAUUGAGGUACUAGAAACUGAUACGUUUAAACUCCACUGUCAACAAACUAUGACAGGUAUUAAGUUUAUAGUGAUUGCUGAUCCUCGACAGUCUGGCACUGACAUAUUACUAAAGAAGCUAUACGAAAUAUAUUCAGACUUUGCACUGAAAAAUCCAUUUUACACUCUUGACAUGCCCAUCAAAUGUGAACUGUUUGACCUCAACUUACAGACCCUAGUUGAGCAGUCUGAAAGACUUGGCUUAAAUGUAAUGUGAGCUGUGUGACCUCAACUGGUCAGAUCGAUGAACCCUACCUGAAAAGUCUGAAAGCCUGAAUGAACCAUGUAUAAAAUUAUGUUCAAACAUAUACUCAGUUACCAAUACUGAUGGCAGCAGAAUAUACAGUGUCAGUUUCAGUCGGUUCAGCUUGUGAUAUCAGCCAUGAAAACCACUGCAAUAGGGCUUCCAGAUGUCCGUUGAAGGAAGGAAAUGUUUAAAUAGUUAACGACGCACUCAACACAUUUUAUUUACAGUUAUAUGGCAUUAGACAUGUGGUUAAGGACCACACAUUUUGAGAGAGGAAACCCGCUGUCGCCAAUUU